GUGGUGGUGGUGGGGGGGGAAGGCGGAACAAACCGGUGUGCUCGGAUACAUGCUGUAGCUGCUCGCCCGCACUGCAGAUUAACUCUUACCGUGCCGGGGGAUGCAGCGGCAAGACAUGGAAAGGAUCGGUCAGAGCUUCUCCUGACCAACACCCACGUAACAAGUCUUCAGCCAACAGUCACUCUCCCUGGGGAUCACAAGGACGCUUCCUAAACUCAGCCCAUUCCUCAUCCUGCCACACAGAGUGUGUGGACUGAGGCCAGGCACUGUAGAGACGGGGGCAAAACACAGGGAUGCACACAGAGGAGGUAGAGCGAGGAGUGUGCCUCUGAACAUUAUGUCUGUUCUUCUAAAAGGGAAGAGCUGCUGGAAAGUGUAGAGAACUCGAAGCUCGGACAAACACAGACCACACAGUAUGACCCACUUCUUCCCUACACAUGGUGACAGGGGCUGAGGUCAGCCACACAUUUGUGUGUGUGUGCCUGUGUGCAGGUGUGUGUGUGUUGAGGAUUAUUUGAUUACAGCAGGGAGUGUCUGGCCUCCCCCUCCAGCCCAUAGUGGGGUUGUAGUGUGUGUUCUCUGUGUUCCGGAUGCAGAACAUCCUCGAUCAAAACUUAGACAUGGCCACAGCUCUACUCGCCGGCGAGAAGCUGAAAGAGCUGAUCCUGCCGGGCUCCUCUCAGGAUGAGAAGGGCGGGGCACUGGCCGGCCUCAUGGUGCAGCUCAAACUGGAGCUGCCCUUUGAUCGUGUUGUUACUAUAGGGACGGUCAUCAUCCCCAUCCUGCUGGUCACCCUAGUCUUCACCAGGAACUUUGCAGAGGAGUCCAUAUACUGUUACACACCACACAACUUCACCAGAGACCAGGCACUGUAUGCAAGAGGCUACUGCUGGACAGAGCUACGUGAUGCUGUACCUGGUGUGGAGCCUCACCUCUGGCCUUCACUGUUUGAACACAAGUUCCUGCCCUAUGCCCUGCUGGCCUUUGCUGGGAUCAUGUACAUUCCUGCUCUGGGCUGGGAGUUCCUGGCCUCUACACGGCUCACUUCAGAGCUCAAUUUCCUGCUUCAAGAGAUUGACAACUGCUAUCAUCGAGCUGCUGAGGGCAGAGCCCCAAAGAUCGAGAAGCAGAUCCAAUCCAAAGGACCUGGCAUAACCGAGCGAGAGAGGCGGGAGAUCAUAGAGAACGCGGAGAAGGAGAAGAGCCCCGAACAGAACCUGUUUGAGAAAUACUUAGAGAGACGAGGCCAAAGUAACUUUCUGGCUAAGCUUUACCUGGCACGCCACCUUGCUAUUAUCUGCCUCAGUUCUAUCCCCAUUUCCUACCUGAGCGCGUACUAUGCCCGCCAAAGGCAGAACGAGUUCACCUGUGCACUGGGUGAGCCCCCAGACAUUAGCAGCUAUUCAGAGCUGAAGCUCAGGGUCAACUGUAAGCUGCCUGCUGUGCAGCUGCAGCGCAUCAUGGCAGCAGUAGACAUAGCUCUUCUCUGCACCAUGAACCUCAUCAUCCUGGUUAAUUUGCUGCAUUUGUUUGUGGUGCGCAAGUCCAACUUUGUAUUUGACAAACUGCAUAAAGUUGGUAUCAAAACACGGCGACGCUGGCAGAAGUCUCAGUUCUGUGAUAUUAACAUCCUGGCCAUGUUUUGCAAUGAGAACAGAGACCACAUCAAGUCACUCAACAGGCUGGACUUCAUCACUAAUGAGAGCGACCUCAUGUAUGACAAUGUGGUCAGGCAGCUGUUGGCUGCGCUUGCGCAGUCCAACCAUGAUGCUACGCCCACUGUAAGGGACUCUGGGAUACAAACCCUGGAUCCCAAUAUGGAUCCGUCUGAUCUUGGAGUGGGAGAGAUGGCCGGGGAGCCGCUGGUCAUCAAACGGCCCCGCAAGAAGAUUAAAUGGAUCCCAACCUCAAACCCUCUUCCUCAGCCAUUCAAGGAACCCCUCACCCUGACACGUCUGGAAAAUAACACCAAGCCUGAAAAACCCAAACCACUCAGACGAAAGACAGUGGCAGACAGCUUCAUUGCACCACUUCUGGACACCAAGAGCACACAACACCCAGCAACAAAAGAUCUAAGCGGGAUGGAGAAAAAGCACACUCGUAAUUUCUCUCUGGACGUCCACCCAUACAUGCUGACCAUUCGUAAGCCCAAGGUGGAGGCCACAGCCACAGAACCUCUACCCUCAGAGCACAACAUGGAUGCAGUAUACCUUGAAGGCACACAUACUAUUGUUCAUGUGUCGGGUGCGAUUACAGAGACUAAGGUUUGCUCUCCAGAAUCGACCAACACUGCCUUUUCUACAGUGACCCUGCCCACCACUUCGUAUAUAAAUGGUGUAAAUGGCGUAAACGCCGUGAGCCCCAACCCACCGUCCAGUGAGGAUCCCCUCAGUCCCAAGCCCUCCCCUCCUCCAAGGGAGCCUCUCACCCAGGCAGAAAACCCUGAGUCCCAGCCACCGGUUCUGACCAGAGCCCCAACACACCAGCUGCUGAGUAUACGUCAUACUCUCUUUGAGGAAGAAGAGGAUGAAGAAAACCGUAGAGACAGACUGGCACAGAGACCGGGGGAGCUCAUCGCAGCUGGGGAAUGUUGAAGAAGGAGAAGGAAGAGGAACACUGACUGGAAAUUCCUCCCCCCUGACACUACACUUUCUGCACACAACCACCACGUCAAUCCCCUCCUCUUAUCAACAGCCACCUCUGCUCUUUGAAUUAACUCAUACACUUCUGUGAUGGGUGGAUUAGGCUGACGGAUGAGCAGAAAUGGGACAGUGAGAAACGCCUGUACUCGUUAAAAAAAAGGGAAAAAAAAAAGGGAAAACUUGAACUUUUAGAGGGGAAAAUUAUUCAGAGAGGACAAUUAAGACAGAAACAUGUGUAUUUGAUAUUUGAUAAGGUUGACCAGAGUAUAACUGUAGGAAAUGAUGUCACAUUCAUGUCUCAGGAUGACUGUGUACAGCUAAUCACCCUCCAAUGAAACCAGCAGUGAUAUAAUUCAACAGGGUGCUACAGUGCAGGGUCAAACAGCUAUAUCAGCAGGACGCAAAGAAAGGAUGAACAGCAAUGAAAGACGAAUGAUCUUUCUUUAAAAAAUGACAGUCACCUUAUAAUUGCAUAUUUGCAAAGAGGACUGCAUUAUGGCUUCAAACAAAAUGUAUUUUAACACAUAUGAUAACGCUUAGUCCCUUUAUCCCAAUAGUCAAGUAGAAAGGUAGCUCACGCAAUACAGUUAUUGAGAUCUGCACAAUUAAUAUGCAAAAGAUCACAAUAUAUUUGUGGCAAUAAUGUAUGCGCUUACAGCAUCAUAUUUCACAGAAAGCUAUACAUGUAUAGACACUGUAUAUGACUCAGUGUUUUGUGGGGUGUUUAAAAUAUAACACACAUUUCAUGGCUUUAUCAUUGCCAUUUCACCAUCGAUUAGGAACAUGUAUAAGAUCUUGACUCAACUAUAUCUGCACGUCAUUAAUAAUAGGUAAAUUGGCACAUUUUAUGAAGGAACAACAGACUCUGCAACGAAAGAGUGGCUUUGUGAGACAAUGUGAAAUUUCAGUAUUGCUCAGAGAAACUGUCAGGUGUGUCUAGUUGGUACCAGAUGUCUUUUUAAACCUAGUAAAAAAAGCAAUUAUGUGGGUGUUUUCCUCUUGAAGAUUUUUAAAUAUUCACCUUCACCGUGAUGAACGGAGCUGGACUCAGUGGCAAAGUAUAUAACUUUUGUGUUCGGUUGGCUUUUUGUGGGAGUGCUGUGAUGUGAAGGUUUAUUACACGAUGGCAAAGCUUUUAAUUGUCAUCUGCUGGUGCGACACGUUCUAAAUUUCCUUCAGUAGUUGUGCUCUGUCUCACUUUGUGCUAACACACGCUUGAUUGCCAAAAAAAACAUCUCUUGAGGGAAUAAACAGGUAGAAUAGUUUGUCUGUUGUUUAUAGUAAAACCAAGCAAAUAGGGUAUGUUAGCACUUUUCACAGGGAACAAGCGAGUGGACAAGGGGAUGUGUGUCUACCACAACCUCUCUUUAUGCAUUUCUUGCAGCUGCACACAUGAUAACAGGAACUUCAAUAAAAAAGGAACUGUCUGCACUGACUGACACACCAAUAUGACAUCUACUGUAGAAGACAUUAGUGCUGUUGUCAGGGGCCUACCUGCACUAUAGGUGGACCUAUGCAUACUAUACUCAUCUUCUAGGGCAUUCAGUUAACACACAUUUAAAGACUUGUGGUGGGACACAACAGCUCUCCCACGUUAGUAUCCAAAUAUCCUUAGUUUUGGUGAUUAAUCCAUGUCACUGUCAUAAUACAGGUUGGCUAUAAAAUCCCCUUGUUAGACUACUCAAGCACACAAAAUGCAUCCAAAAGCACUUUAUGACUAGUAGCACGAGUGUGUGUGAGAGCAUGUUAUAUGUUGUAACACAGCUCUGCUUAUAACUGAUUUUCUGUGUAGAUUUUCACAUUGAGGCUGUUGCAGAGAUAAACCUCCGACUGUCUUAAUACUAAUGAAAAUGUGGAGAACAAAGUCCAGACUUUGAUUGUAAUGUGUAAAAUGUUAUAAUGAAGACAAAUAAAAAAACAUUUUCUUUAUAAUAAAAUUAA